CUAGGUUGAAAAACACGUUAGUGGUUCCAUGUGGGAUAUAAUUCAUGUUUAUGGAACCUUUGCAUGCAUAUCUGUCCAAUUUGCUGCAUCUGUAAACCACGACAGACUGCUUAAUACGCCCGAUUUCUACGUUAACGUUAAAUACGGCAGAGUAGCAUAACAUUAACGUUAGCCUAUUAGCUAACGCUAUCAAUAUCAGCUCUAUGUUAACAGGCUAACACGAUUGCUUACAACUAUUGUAAACAUUUGGGAGCUGCGAAAACUACUACCUGGCCAAAAAAUAAGUUGCUUUAACAACAGAGGAUAGCCCGUUGAGAAAAUUCAUCUUAGGAUAAGAGCUAGGGCAAGCUGGCUAGCGCUGCUAGUUGCCUGGAUAGCACCUAGCUAGCACGUCAACACCAACUGUAAAGUGAACUCCGACACACGGUUAUUCAACAACCAGUCAUCCUUACAAAACACACGGGGCGUGCCGCACAUUACAUGUAUAAGCGGUCAUCUGAUUCUGUGUUUCACAUAAUUCUAUUGGAAAGGAAUGCCUGCAUGUGUCUACGAUUCACCCGAAAAUGUCCAUCUACAGAAACGCAGUCUGGUUUGUUAAAGGACUACAGGAGUAUACCAAGAGUGGCUAUGAGGUUGCAGCCCGACACUUCAACCCCUCUGACCUGGAGGUGACCCUGAGCGGCCGCUCCUUCGUCAUCACCGGGGCCAACAGCGGCAUCGGCAAAGCAGCUGCUCAAGAGAUAGCCAACAGAGGUGGCACAGUGCAUCUGGUGUGCAGGAGCAGAGAGCGAGCGGAGGCCGCCAGAGAGGAGAUCAUCCAGCAGAGCAACAAUCAGGAGGUCCAUGUGCACAUUGUGGACAUGUCCAGUCCCAAACAGGUGUGGGAGUUUGCUAUUGGAUUCACUCAGAAACACAGCAUCAAUGUACUGGUGAAUAAUGCAGGGUGCAUGGUGAAUCAGCGGGAGCUGACUGAGGAUGGGCUGGAAAAGAACUUUGCCACCAACACUCUUGGUACAUACAUCAUGACAACAGCGUUAAUCCCUGCCCUGAAGCAGUCGCCGGACCCACGCGUGGUGACUGUGUCUUCUGGUGGGAUGCUGGUUCAGAAGCUUAAUGUGGAGGAUCUGCAGUUUGAGAAAGGAUCGUUUGAUGGGACCAUGGCUUACGCCCAGAACAAGAGGCAGCAGGUUACUCUCACAGAGCGCUGGGCUCAGCAGCAUAAAGAGAUCCACUUCUCCUCUAUGCAUCCUGGCUGGGCCGACACCCCAGCGGUGCGCUCCUCGAUGCCUGAUUUCCACGCUAAGAUGAAGGGGCGUCUCCGCUCUGAGGCUCAGGGAGCCGACACCAUCACCUGGCUCUGCGCUAGCCACGCCGCCACCAAACAACCCAGUGGAGCCUUCUACCAGGACCGUAAGGCGGUGAACACACACCUACCGCUGGCCUCCACCAGGGCCUCUGCUGCAGAGGAGGAGCGACUGCUGACCCAGCUGGACACACUGGCCCUCAAGUUCAAGCCCUCCACAUGAUACACACACACACACACAGCCCUCCACAUGAUACACACACACACACACACACACACACACAGCCUCCACAUGAUACACACACACACACACACACACACAC